CGGACUCUGAGGCUAUUUGAGAGAGCGGUUGAUUUUUAAUCUCUUCAUUCGCUGCUCCAAACUCGUCAGAAUGAGGAACAUGUUAAACUUCAUCUCUACCGCGCUCUGCCGCAUCACGGGCCGGAGCGUGAAUCCUAAUGUUUGUCUGGCCUCUCUCCCGCUGCCCCGUCUGCACCGAAUCACAGGGAGCACAGACCGUCUCCGAGCUCCUUAUCGACCUCUCAGAGUUCGUGCGCGUGUCGUCAGGAGAGGCACAGAUCCGCAGACUUCCUCCUGAACCUCCUCCGGGAUCAGAUAGAGCUGCAGAGUUAGAGUCAGAGCCCGUAGAAAACACUGCCUCUCAGGUCGUUGCUUCUCGGUCAUUUACAGAUUUCACUCCUGAAGUCACAUUCAGCAUCAGAAAAUGUGACGUCCACGGUUUGGAGGAGGGGCCCCCUGACUCCGCAGUCCUGACUCGGGACCAGGGUCUGGACCUGUACCGGUGCAUGCAGACCAUCAGACGCAUGGAGCUGAAGGCCGACCAGCUCUACAAGCAGAAAAUCAUCAGGGGCUUCUGUCACCUUUACGACGGACAGGAGGCGUGUGCUGCAGGGAUUGAAGCGGCCAUUGACAGAACAGACCAUGUGAUCACAGCGUACAGAUCUCACGGUUUCACGUUCACCAGAGGAGUCUCCGCCAAAGAGAUCCUCGCCGAACUCACAGGUCGUAAAGGGGGCGUGGCCAAAGGUAAAGGCGGCUCUAUGCACAUGUACGCGCCACAUUUCUACGGAGGGAACGGCAUCGUGGGAGCUCAGGUUCCUUUGGGCGCUGGUGUGGCUCUGGCCUGUCAGUACCAGGGCAAUAAUCAGAUCUGUGUGGCGCUGUACGGAGACGGAGCAGCCAAUCAGGGGCAGCUGUUUGAGGUCUACAACAUGGCCGCCCUGUGGAAGCUGCCGUGCGUCUUCGUCUGUGAGAACAACAGAUACGGGAUGGGCACCGCAGUGGAGCGAGCAGCAGCCAGCACAGACUACUACAAGAGAGGAGACUACAUCCCCGGGCUCAGGGUGGAUGGGAUGGACGUUCUGUGUGUCCGAGAGGCGACAAAGUUUGCUGCUGAACACUGUCGAUCGGGGAAGGGUCCCAUUUUGAUGGAGCUGCAGACGUACCGUUACCAUGGACACAGCAUGAGCGACCCAGGAGUCAGUUAUCGGACGCGAGAGGAGAUCCAGGAGGUGAGGACCAAGAACGACCCGAUCUCGAUGCUCAAAGAACGAAUGCUCAAAAACAACAUGGCGUCUGCGGAGGAGCUUCAGGAAAUCGACAUUGAGAUCAGAAAAGAGGUGGAGGAAGCUGCUCAGUUUGCGACGUCAGACCCGGAGCCCUCGCUGGACGAUCUGUGUAAAUACAUCUACCACAACUGCCCCCCGGUGGAAGUCCGAGGAACUCACCCCUGGGCCAAACUGGUCUCUGUCAGCAAUAGUUAACGAAAGAUUUAAGGCUCAGACCGUCCCGAAAUUCUUACAGCCAUAGUCAUCAUUCUAGAGCAGUGUUUUCCAACCAUUUUUAUCACAUUAUUGGGACUAAAAUCUGUAUUCGUACUCAAAUUAUGUGGAAAAAUUGGUUCCCCUACAACAUAAAUCUUUCAGUAUAACAUUAACAACUUUAUUUAAAGAAGCACUAUGUCACUUUCCAAAUCCAAGUGAGAGAACGGGAGGCAUCUACUAGUGAAAAAAAAAAUCAGCAGACUUACAAAUGGCUUUAAAACUUAUUUGUCAACGUUAAAAUAAGUAGGCGACACUACCACAAUGUGAUCCAAGUUAACAGUGUUAUUAUUUAAAGUUGCAUUGUGUAACUUUUCCCUCGUAGCCCUGGUUGGGAAACGCUGCUGUGGAGUAAUUCACCUCACAAUGUUCUUUUGUAAAUAUAAUGACGCUGCGUUCCAGUUUUCUUCGAAGAUCUGACUUUCUGACAUAUAUUUAUUAACAUCAGCCACUUUUCAAUUUGCCUGGGAUCCAAAAUACACACUACGCCAAUACUUUAUGAAGAUUUGAGCCUGAUCGCUGAUAAAUAAGUUUAGAUAGGCGUGAUUGACAGAUGGAUUAGCCAAUCGGGGACAUCCAUGAUCUGUCUGUAUGAAAACAAAUAUCUGAAAAACAAACAGACCUGGAAUUGUUUUGUUUCAUUCACACAUUUUUAACACGCAAAAUACUAGCCUGAUUCAGCAGCCAGUUUCACUUUGUGGAAACCGUCUGACUUCACAGCAUUAGGAUUUGUUCACUCGACAGUACUUUUUUAUUUAAUUUUUUUAUUUAACCAAUCGCUGCUAUUUGGUCGUGACGUAUGUAAUGCGCCAAAUCCCGUAGGAAGGAGGACAAUAAUGUCUUUCCCCUUGAUAAAAUUCACCAAACAUUCUCUUUGUUCCAACUUUAAAUCCUCGAUCUCGGGAAUCGUUGCCAACACAGAAUGUCUGUCUUCGUCUACAUCCAUCUCGACCACUUUGUUUACUGUUGUGCUGUUCCACAAAAGGGACCCAGACAGACGCUUGAGUUUGACGUCAUGGCUUCACAGCUCUUCUCUGAUUGGCCGGUGCGCGGUCUACAACUUCUGAGGCUCUUGCAAACUGUCUAGUGUAUUCUGAUUCCUGACCUAGUCGCUGGAGAGAAAUGAAACUGAGCGGAGGCACUAGGUGGCGCCAGCGUGUCUAGCAAAAUACCUUCACUAAAAUAAUUUGGAUAAUUUUGAUCCUGGAAUUUCCAGUCUCUUGAAUUUAAGGUUAAAAAUAGCUGUUCACUUAAACUACCUCUUUGUGACAUGACUUUUAUUAUAAAUGUCCUGGUUAAGAUGUAAUAAGCUUUGGAUCCAUGUUUUUGUCAUGAUUCAUAUUUUGUCUUUUUUUUUUUUACUUCUAAUUAAAGCUGCACUGUGUUUUUGUUUUUUUUCUGUCUGUCACUUGUGUCCAUGGAGGUUAUUGCUUCGCCUUGAAUGUUCCUCAGCAGAGCAUUAAACAUCUAUCCAGCAUUUAUUUAGUUUAAUUGAAAAAAAAAAACAAAAAAAAAACAUAUAGAAACUCACAUUCCUUCUGUUACUGUGGUCACUUCUUCACAGACAUGACCUGUAACGUCUUGGCCUGGCAAAUACGUUUAGUGCCAUCGCAGAACAUUCCAGCCCAAAACGAUAACCUCUUCCAGUAAAGUUACGCAGUACAGCUUUAAUUUAUGUCAUUUUACGGUUCCUUUGUUUGUUACACUAAAGUCUGAGCUACAAGGACGAGUGGAACGCAGCUUUAGUUUCAUGUACAGUUAUUAAAUUGUCGCAAAUUAUAAAUAUAUUAAACUUAAAUUAUUGAAA